UUGGCAGCAUUGUUUCCGUCUUGUUAAUUUGUUAAUUCAGUUCAGUCUGUUGAGCAAUAUAAAAAGUGUCGCGUUAUAUUUUUUAUAAAAGUUGUGUUUAAAAGUGUAAAAAAGCGUGUAAAUAUGUUGCAGAGGACUGCUCUAAUUUUAAACCGUGCUCGAGAAAUAACAAACGAGGAGAAGGUAAGUUAUUUUGUAUUGUAAAAAUUACCAGACAUUAUUUUUGAGGUGUAAAUUAAAAACUUAAAUUUUUACAGUAGUUUUGUUUAUCUUUAUUUACUUUAUUUAUAGGAAGAAGGUAUUCGGCAAGAAACAAGUUCGCUUCAGACUUAUACCAACUUAGAACCGUUACAGGAAGUUGAUUUUAACUCAGCAACAGAUAUUAGUGAGGUAUGUUAUUAUAAGUUUUAAUGUUUAACUAAGUUUUGUUAAUUUUUACUUAUUGUUAUUUAUAGAAAGAAAGUACUCAUACAGCAGCUGUUUCCCCAAAGACUUACAGCGAUUUACAAACGGUUCGGGAAGUGGAAUUUAAUCUAAAAUUACCAGACAUAAUUUAUGAGGAAGGAAGUAAUUCGGAUGGAUAUUCAAACAAGGAAAAUGAAAUAGGUGACGUAAGAGUAAUGGAUGAUAAUCAAAAUCAAGAAGAAGACCGACAGUCGGGUCGGAAAGAAUAUCGUCAAGAUUUAAAUUUUGUCAACAGAGAUAUUAAUGAAGAUAACAAUAUAGUAGAGAUGGAGCAAUCCGAUAAAGGAGAAAAUGAUGGGGAAAAGAAUGGCGUAAAAUCUAAAGAAAAAAAAUAUCAGGGCCGUCCAAAAAAAGGGAGAAAGAGAAAGUUCCCUAGUCAGAAUAGAGAAAUCCGCAAAAAACACUGCAUUCAAAAUAAAUCAUACUUUACACAAAAAGGAGAAAUGAAACUAAAAAAAGAGUUUCGUCAGUAUUUGUGCAAAUGCGACUGUCUAUCGAAAGUUGGCAUUGAAAAUGCUAAACAAGAAUACGACAAAUUUUAUGAAGUAAGUUCGCAUGAUGCUCAACGUGCCUUAAUUUGCGCCAUGGUUCAAGAAGGUCCAAUAAAAAGAAAAAGAAAACAAAAUUCUACUAAAAAAAUGCACUCCAGGGUGUACAAUAUUAAUGGCCACGUAGUUUGCAAAACAUUUCUGUUGCAAACCCUAAGAAUUUCGAGUGCAAAAGUGGAUAAUGCCUUAAAAUCAAAAAAAAAAGGAUAGAAGGAGUUAAAGACUUAAGAGGAAGAGCAGGCGGAAAAAAUAAAAUAUCAGAAGAACGAUUGCAAGAAAUAUUAGAACAUAUUGAACAAUUUCCAAAAUAUAAGUCUCAUUAUGCAAGGGAAAAAACAAGUUCAAUGUACUUACGAGCAGACACUACAUUGCCCAUUAUGUACGAUUUGUACAAGCAGCAAGUUAAUAAUUCACCUGUGUCGUUUUCGAAGUACAAAAACGUUUUUUUACCUCAUUUUAAUUUCAGAAGAAAACCACUGAAAAAAGACACUUGUAACCUUUGUGACAAAUUAGAAAUUCUAAUAAACAACAGCGCCACAGAAGAACAAGUUAAAUAUAAAACUGAGAGAGAUAACCACAUCGAUUCCGCUGAAGAAGCAAGACAAGCUUUAAAUGCAGACAGAAAGCGUGCAAAAUUUGACGAACAACUUGAAGUAUUGUGUUUUGAUAUGGAAAAAACACUGCCUCUUCCCCGUAUACCUACAAAUGUAGUU